UGCCUGUCUUUUUACCUUUGUUAACAAAAAAAAUUUCUCUAUAUAUUGAUGGUCCAUGUUGACUUUGGGAUUAUGAUAAAUAAUCUACUAACCAUCAUCGCCCACUUGUUAAACAUCUAGAAGCGGGUUAAGAGAAUUGGAAGAGGCAUGAAGCUCCCUGUUGCCAACAUGCCUCCAACUCUAUAUGAUUGUUACAUUCCCUAAAUACCAAUUUAUCCAAAUACAUGUAUUCGCUAUAUAAACCAUUCUAAUAAUAACAACUAAAAUCAACUUGAGAUUUAUUAUUCCUGAAUUAGUUGCGAGAAUCCGAGAUUAGCUAGCGAUCCAGAGAUUCAUUCAUUGGCUUCCUCGAGAAUCACCACAAAUACAGAUACAUCUCUCUUUCCUCACACAAACGAGAUUCUGAAACCAUGUUCAACAAGAAAAACCAAUCCAAUGGUUCGGGCGGUGGCGGCUCGGUAUCCCGAACCGGAGCAGACUCACCGUACCUCCAAAAAGCACGCUCAGGUAAAACCGAGAUCCGAGAACUCGAAGCGGUUUUCAAAAAAUUCGACGUGAACGGAGACGGCAAGAUCUCGUCCAAGGAGCUCGGCGCGAUCAUGGCGAGCCUAGGCAACGAGGUACCGGAGGAGGUGCUGGAGAAGGCGAUCACGGAGAUAGAUCGGAAAGGAGACGGUUACAUAAACUUCGAGGAGUUCGUGGAGCUGAACACGAAAGGGAUGGAUCAGGACGACGUGCUGGAGAAUCUGAAGGACGCGUUCUCCGUCUACGAUAUCGACGGGAACGGGGCGAUAUCGGCGGAGGAGCUGCACGAGGUUCUGAGGAGCUUGGGGGAUGAGUGCUCGAUCGGGGAGUGUAGGAAGAUGAUUGGUGGUGUGGAUAAGGAUGGAGAUGGGACGAUUGAUUUCGAGGAGUUUAAGAUUAUGAUGACCAUGGGGAUGAGACGUGAUAAUGUCAUGAGUGGUGGCGGUUAGAGGUAGAGUGUUUCACGGCGGGGGGUGAUGUUUGUGUUCGUCUUCUAAUUCUUCCUCGUUUUCUCGUUUUGUUCAUCCAUUGUUUAUUAUUCCAUCAUUGUUUCAAUUUUUUUUGUUCUUGCCCUCCAAGCUAACGUGAUUUUUGAAAACU